UCUCAGAAAAAGAAAUGAUUUUGAAAAAGGUCUUCUCAGUGAAGAAGAAACUGUAGGCGCGAUGAGCUUGAGGCACCGUCCGACGACGGCGCGCGAGCGCGGAGAGCUUCACGCGCCAUCGCGUGAGACGUACAACAUCAUCCCGAUCCAUGACUUGCUGGCGGAGCACCCUUCUCUCCGGUUCCCGGAGGUCCGUGCGGCGGCGGCGGCGCUGCGAGUUGUCGGAGACCUCCGGAAACCGCCGUUCGUGGAGUGGACAGCUCGCAUGGAUCUCAUGGACUGGCUCGGCGUCGUCUUCGGCUUCCAGACCGAUAACGUACGGAACCAAAGGGAGAACCUCGUCCUCCAUCUGGCGAACUCCCAAAUGCGGCUUCAGCCGCCGCCACGUCACCCCGACGGUCUUGAUCGCACCGUCCUCCGCCGCUUCCGGAAGAAGCUCCUUCACAAUUACACAACUUGGUGCUCCUUCAUCGGGGUCCGUUGCCACGUCAUCAUCUCCCACCAUAACCGUCACCAGACCGACGCCGUUUUGGGUCUUCGCCGAGAGCUGCUCUACGUGGCUCUGUAUCUCUUGAUUUGGGGUGAGUCAGCGAAUCUCCGAUUUGCUCCGGAGUGUCUCUGCUACAUAUUUCACCACAUGGCCAUGGAGCUCAACAAGGUGCUUGAUGACCACAUUGAUGAUAUGACGGGAAUGCCCUUUUGGCCCUCCUUCUCUGGGGACUGCGCCUUCCUCAAGAGCGUGGUCAUGCCCAUCUACAAGACCAUCAAGGCGGAGGUGGAGAGCAGCAAGAACGGGACGAAGCCCCACUCGGCCUGGAGGAAUUACGACGACAUUAACGAGUACUUUUGGAGCAAGAGGUGUUUCAAGAGCCUCAAAUGGCCCCUUGAUGCCACUAGCAAUUUCUUCGAUUCCACUCCUAAGAUCAGAAGAGUUGGGAAGACUGGGUUUGUGGAGCAGAGAUCCUUCUGGAAUGUGUUUAGAAGCUUCGAUAGAUUGUGGGUGCUUUUGUUUCUGUUUCUGCAGGCAGCCAUCAUCGUUGCUUGGAAUGAUACUAAUUACCCGUGGCAGGUCUUGGAAAAGCGCGAUGUGCAGGUUGAGUUACUGACCAUUUUCAUCUCUUGGGCGGGGUUGAGGUUACUUCAAUCUGUGCUUGACUGGAGUACACAGUACAGUUUGGUGAGUAGAGAAACAAUGUGGCUUCUCGUCAGAUUGUCUUUGAAGACAGCGGUGGCUUUGACCUGGACAGUUCUGUUUUCUGUCUUCUAUGCGUUGAUUUGGCGCCAGAAGAAUGCAGAUAGGUUUUGGUCUUCAGCUGCCAACGAGAGGAUUGUGACAUUUCUCAAGGUGGUUUUCGUGUUCGUCAUCCCCGAAUUGUUGGCUCUUGUGUUGUUUAUUGUUCCUUGGAUAAGGAACUGGUUGGAGGAACUGAAUCUUGGGAUUGUACACUUGAUGACAUGGUGGUUCUACAGCAAGAUUUUCGUUGGUCGUGGGGUGAGGGAAGGGCUGGUGGACAAUGUUAAGUAUACGAUUUUUUGGAUUGUUGUCUUGUCCUCUAAGUUCAUAUUCAGUUAUUUCCUUCAGAUCAAGCCUCUAGUUGAUCCGACAAGGGCUCUCUUGCAGCUCAAUGAUGCACAAUACAACUGGCACGAGUUCUUUGGCAGCACAAACAGGAUGGCGGUAGUGAUGCUAUGGCUCCCUGUCGUGUUGGUUUACCUGAUGGAUCUUCAAAUUUGGUAUUCAAUGUACUCAUCCCUUGUCGGUGCAUCAGUUGGUCUGUUUUCACACUUGGGAGAGAUUCGGAACAUUGACCAGCUAAGACUUAGGUUUCAGUUCUUUGCAAGCGCUAUGCAGUUUAACCUCAGACCCGAAGAACAGCUGUUGAGCCCGAAAGCGACACUAGUUAAGAAGUUACGUGAUGCUGUCCACCGGCUGAAAUUGCGGUACGGGCUUGGUCGUCCUUACAAUAAAAUUGAAUCGAGCCAAGUUGAAGCCACUUGGUUUGCCUUGAUAUGGAAUGAGAUAAUCCUUUCAUUUAGGGAGGAAGACCUGAUAAGUGACAGGGAGGUGGAGUUACUGGAGUUGCCACCUAAUUGUUGGAACAUUAGGGUUAUUCGUUGGCCAUGUUUCCUCCUAUGUAACGAGCUCCUGCUCGCGCUUAGUCAGGCAAAUGAACUCUCCGAUGCUCCUGAUCGUUGGCUUUGGUUGAAAAUUUGCAAGAGCGAGUAUAGGCGAUGCGCUGUUAUAGAAGCCUAUGAUAGCAUCAAGUAUGUGCUUUUCAGAGUUGUUAAGCAUGGCACCGAGGAGAAAUCCAUUGUCACCAGGUUGUUUGAGGAGAUUGACGAGAGCAUCGAAAACCAAAAGGUGACCGACUUGUUUAAGCUGAGAGUGCUACCCAAAAUUCAUGGCAAGCUAAUAACUCUCCUUGAGAAUUUGAUGGACCCGGACCGUAAAGUGUACAGGAUUGUGAAUAUACUGCAAGCUCUGUAUGAACUCUGUGUAAGGGAACUUCCGACAGUUAAGAGGACCACUGCACAAUUGAGUCAGCUUGGUCUGGCUCCGGUUAGUUUGGAUGCAGAAAAGGAGUUGUUGUUUGUUGAUGCUGUCGAUAUUCCUAAUCCCGAGGAUGUUUUCUUUUAUAAACAGAUCAGGAGGGUCCAUACAAUUCUUACUUCUAGAGAUCCGAUGCAUAACGUGCCCAAGAAUCUCGAGGCCAGGCGGCGUCUUGCUUUCUUUAGCAACUCUCUCUUUAUGAACAUUCCUCAUGCUCCCAGUGUAGAGAAGAUGAUGGCUUUCAGUGUAUUGACUCCUUACUACGACGAAGAAGUGAUGUAUAGACAGGAAAUGCUUCGAGCUGAGAACGAAGAUGGAAUUUCCACCCUGUUUUACCUGCAGAAGAUAUACGACGAUGAAUGGAGGAACUUUCUGGAACGGAUGCGGAGAGAGGGAUUGGAAGAUGAGAACGACAUUUGGACAAAGAAGGUUAGGGAUCUCCGCCUCUGGGCUUCGUACAGAGGGCAGACUUUGUCUCGAACAGUUCGAGGAAUGAUGUACUAUUACAGGGCGCUGAAGAUGCUUUCCUUUCUCGAUUCUGCUUCUGAGAUGGACAUUAGAAUGGGGUCUCAGAGGAUGUCUGAAGCUUGUGAUCCAUUUUAUUUUAACAAUGACUGGAACAGUACGACCCAAUCGGCAUCUGUUCAGGAGUUUAACACGAUGGCCAACGGUAUAAAUCCUUUGCUUAAAGGGCAUGAAGACGGGAGUGCCAUGAUGAAAUUCACAUAUGUUGUGGCAUGUCAAGUUUAUGGACAGCAUAAAGCGAAAGGAGACCACCGGGCUGAAGAGAUUCUCUUCCUGAUGAAAAAUAACGAGGCCCUCCGUGUGGCGUAUGUUGAUGAGGUACACUUGGGGAGGGAUGAGGUAGAAUACUACUCGGUUCUUGUUAAAUAUGAUCGGCAACUUCAAAGAGAAGUGGAAAUAUAUCGAAUCAGAUUGCCGGGCCCUUUGAAACUUGGGGAGGGUAAACCGGAAAACCAAAACCAUUCCAUAAUCUUUACGCGAGGCGAUGCACUUCAGACCAUCGAUAUGAAUCAAGACAACUAUUUCGAGGAGGCACUUAAGAUGAGGAACUUGUUGGAAGAAUUCAAGACCUAUCAUGGCAUUAGGAGGCCAACUAUUCUCGGAGUCCGUGAGAUAGUCUUCACCGGUUCUGUCUCCUCGCUUGCAUGGUUCAUGUCUGCUCAGGAAACAAGUUUUGUAACACUAGGACAACGGGUUCUUGCCAAUCCUCUGAAAGUGAGAAUGCAUUAUGGUCACCCUGAUGUAUUUGAUCGGUUCUGGUUCAUGCCUCGGGGCGGAAUUAGCAAGGCCUCUAAAGUGAUAAACAUCAGCGAGGACAUAUUUGCUGGAUUCAAUUGCACUUUAAGAGGUGGCAAUGUGACUCACCAUGAGUACAUACAGGUAGGUAAGGGCAGGGAUGUAGGUUUGAAUCAGAUAUCCAUGUUCGAAGCCAAGGUGGCCAGUGGUAAUGGUGAGCAGGCAUUGAGCAGGGACGUAUACCGGUUGGGUCACAGGUUGGAUUUCUUUCGAAUGCUUUCUUUCUUCUACACGACGGUUGGCUACUACUUCAACACGAUGAUGAUAGUAUUAACCGUUUUUGCGUUCUUGUGGGGGCGGCUUUAUUUGGCUUUGAGUGGAGUUGAGAAAGUGGCAAAGGACAGAAGUAGCAGUAACAAGGCUCUUGGCACGAUUUUGAAUCAGCAAUUUAUCAUACAGUUAGGUGUCUUCACUGCACUUCCUAUGAUUCUUGAAAACUCUCUGGAGCAUGGAUUUCUUCCUGCAGUUUGGGAUUUCAUAACGAUGCAGCUAGAGCUCGCGUCCUUCUUUUACACUUUCUCAAUGGGAACUAGAACCCAUUUCUUUGGCCGGACUAUCCUACAUGGUGGAGCCAAGUACCGAGCCACUGGACGAGGUUUCGUGGUGGAGCAUAAGAAAUUUGCUGAGAAUUACAGAUUGUAUGCUCGUACUCAUUUCAUCAAGGCGAUUGAGCUCGGGAUUAUCUUGUUGGUGUAUGCGUCUCAUAGCCCGUUGGCUAAGGAAUCCUUUGUUUACAUACUGAUGACAAUCUCAAGUUGGUUCCUCGUUGUCUCGUGGAUUAUUUCUCCGUUUCUCUUCAACCCUUCUGGUUUUGAUUGGCUCAAAACCGUUUACGAUUUCGAUGAUUUCAUGAACUGGAUAUGGGCUAAAGGUGGGCUGUUUACAAAAGCAGAUCAGAGCUGGCAGACAUGGUGGAACGAGGAGCAGGAUCAUUUGAGAACGACUGGACUCUGGGGAAAGCUGUUGGAGAUUGUGUUGGACCUUCGAUUCUUCUUCUUCCAGUACGGAAUCGUCUACCAACUCGACAUCGUAGGCAAAAGUACCAGCAUCGCAGUCUACUUGGCUUCUUGGGCAUUCUUGAUCGUGGCUGUCGGGAUAUACAUAACUAUAAUCUAUGCUCAGAAGAGAUUUGCCGUGAAGCAGCACAUAUAUUACCGGGUUGUUCAGUUGUCUGUGAUUGGGCUGACAGUACUCGUGAUGGUGAUGUUGCUCAAGUUCACUGGACUUACGUUUUCGGACAUGGUCACAAGCCUGUUAGCGUUCAUUCCGACAGGUUGGGGACUGAUAUCCAUAGCACAAGUACUUAAACCCUUUCUGCAAUCCACUGUGGUAUGGGACACAGUCGUGUCUGUUGCUCGCCUGUACGAUAUGAUAUUCGGAUUGAUCGUAAUGGCUCCGGUCGCGUUGCUCUCAUGGCUGCCUGGUUUUCAGAAUAUGCAGGCGCGGAUCUUGUUCAAUGAAGCCUUCAGCCGGGGCCUUCAAAUUUCCAUCAUCCUCUCCGGCAAGAAGUCCACCUGAGAUCGUGAUCUUGAUCGGGUUUUUCUUGAAGGCCAUGUCUCUGGUUACUGCAGAAAGCUGCUUCUGAGUUCGAGUGUAUAAAUCCUCGCAUACGGUCCAUCUUUUUUUUUUUGUGGGGAUGCACCAGAAGAUGAAACAAAUGCAGCCAACACGGAAGCUACUCACCCCAUGGAUUAUGGAAACGCUGAGUGGCAGAACGUUUAUCAUUUCAGGUGCUUUUUUUUUCCCAUUGUAUUUCACGUAUCGACUCUUGUGAAGUUAUAGUCCUCUGACUUAAUGUCAACAAAUUUUACCGAGCAAUGUAUUAUGUAUUAUUGAUUGAGUUUAAAUAAGCAACUUAGUUUUUCUUUGAAAAUAAACCAUUUUUUUCUGUC